AUGUCACUCGAAAAGCAACCAUCCUUAACGGAUGAAGAGGUACAUGAUACACCAUCCUCUACUCCCUUCGAACCGAGUCGGGAUCAUAAAGUGAAAUGGUACCGCUCAACAACCUACAACGCCCUGGUCCUCGGACUGUGCAACUUCCUCGCCCCGGGAAUCUGGACAGCAAUGAACAGUCUCGGCGGCGGGGGCUCCGAAAGUCCCUACCUAGUCGACGCCGCGAACGCCCUCACCUUCGGACUAAUGGUAUUCUCCUGUUUCUUCGGGAGCGUCGUCGUCCGUCUGGUCGGGAUAAAAUGGACGCUCAUCCUCGGCACAAUCGGGUACGCGCCGUACGCAGCAGGACUGUACACACACAAUCGGUUCGGAACGGACUGGCUAGUCCUCUUCGGUGCAGCAGUAUGCGGACUAUCAGCAGGUAUAUUCUGGAUGGCGGAGAGCGCGAUCGCGCUAUCCUACCCGGAGCCAGAGAACCAAGGUCGGUUCUUAGGACUCUGGUUGAGUUUCCGCGUCGGGGGCCAGAUCCUUGGCGGGGCGAUUAAUCUGGGCUUGAACGUGCAUCGGAAUACAGCGGGGAGUGUGAGUUAUGCUGUCUUCGGGGUGUUUAUUGCCUUGCAGGCGCUGGGGCCGGUGGCGGGGAUGUUGUUGACGGAGCCUGGGAAGGUGAUGAGACGGGAUGGGAUGCAGGUGAAGUUACGGAUUGCGCAUAGUGCGUGGUACGAGGUGAAGGCGAUGACGCGGUUGUUUUUCCGGAGGGAGUUUCUGUGUAUCGUGCCGUUGAUUGCGCAGGCCACGUAUACGGAGGCGGUGAUGUUCACGUAUCUGGAUUUGUGGUUUAGUGUGCGGGUAAGAGCGCUGGGGAGUUUCUUGUCGGGCGUCUUGGCGCUGGUGAGUGGGAAUGUGUUGGGGGCGUUUUUGGAUAGUACGAGGCGGUUUGGGUUGAAGACGAGGAGUCGGGGGGCGUUCUUUGUGGUGUUGGGGUUGCAGGGUGGGUGGUGGGUGUGGGCGACGGUGGUCACGACGCAGUAUACGAACGAGGGGAGGAGUGGGAUUGAUUGGGUGGAUGAGGGGUUUGCGAAGGGGUUUGUGUUGUAUUUGGUGUGGGUUGCUGGGUUUCAGUUGAACUAUAUGUUUUUGUGA